AUGACCAUAAAUUUUUGCAGAUUUAUUUUAUUUCCGAAGCCUGUGGUUACAAGAGGGACAAGAGCUGAUGAAGUCAACGCGUCAUUGAAAAGAUCCUACUUAUGGCCUUAUAUAAAAAUAUUAGAACUUAAAAAUAAUAUGAGAGUGCUAUGUACAGAUCAAGAUAAUAUAAAUUUUGUCAAAGAUUUACUUUUAAUAGGCAAAGGAGAAUUUCAAGCAACGAAUGAUAAAAUAAAUAUUAAAAGUUUCUGUAAUUCAGUACCCACUAUAACAAAAUUGAUUCAAAACGUGUACCCGAACAUUCAAAAUAUAUCUUCUAAAUCAUUGAAAUGGUUUCAAGAAAGGGCUAUUUUGUCACCAACAAAUGAGCAAGUCGACAAAAUAAAUGAUUUGAUUCUAUCUAGGUUUGACAAAAACUGA